AUGAGUCUGUUCUUUUUAUUCCUGUGGAUACAAUUCUCUUAUCUGCAUAGAGCAAGUUCGUGUGAAUCGAGGAACAAUAGCGUCGAAAGAUCUAAAAGGGAAUUCGACGCGAAAUACCUGGUGUUCCCGGAAGGAAGCAACGUUCAAUUAGUAUACUGCAUGACCAUCAGCACGUACGCGAAGCCUUCUGGAAUGUUUACCAUUGGUUUGACGGCUGGGCAAGCAUGGGAGCUACCCUCGAGGAGCACGCUGUCUGACAAGUUCGAGGAUUAUCAUCGUCGAAGCAGGAGGCAGCUGUAUCGUAAAGUGGAGCUGCUCCUUGCCAGUCGAGGCAAGGAUGGAAAGGCCUGCGUCCUCAAGGCGAUCUGCAGAGCGGCGAUGAGAAGUCGAACGGAGAUUGGCAAGCGUCCAUUCAUGGAGGAGAUCAUGCACGCCGUGUUCAAAUUACCAGAGAAGUCCGACGACACUGAUCCAAUGACCGAGUACGAGCGAGCGUAUUUCUUGAAAGAGAAUUGUAACGAAGCUGAGCUAAGAUGUCCGGACGUGUUCUGA